UCCCGGGCCUCCGCGGCUCCCCUGCCCGGUCCCCCUCCCCCGCCACACACGCUGACACGCGCGGGCGAACACACACACACUCACACACUGACACGCCAGCGAGCUGCUGGCCGCUCAAUGGACCGAUUUCCCUGCUUCCCUUGAUCCCAGCCCAGCCCGGGAUGAGAAAUUGCAAAAUGGCCCGGGUCGCCAGUGUGCUGGGACUGGUCAUGCUCAGCGUCGCCCUGCUGAUUUUAUCGCUCAUCAGCUACGUGUCCCUGAAAAAGGAGAACAUCUUCACCACUCCCAAGUACGCCAACCCGGGGGCGCCCCGAAUGUACAUGUUCCACGCGGGAUUCCGGUCACAAUUUGCGCUGAAGUUUCUAGAUCCGUCAUUUGUGCCCAUUACGAAUUCUCUGACCCACGAACUCCAAGAGAAACCUUCUAAGUGGACAUUUAAUCGGACAGCGUUUUUACAUCAAAGGCAAGAAAUUCUUCAGCAUGUCGAUGUAAUAAAAAAUUUUUCUUUGACCAAGAAUAGUGUUCGGAUCGGACAACUGAUGCACUAUGAUUAUUCCAGCCAUAAAUAUGUUUUCUCUAUUAGCAAUAACUUCCGAUCACUGCUUCCAGAUGUGUCACCCAUUGUGAAUAAGCAUUUUAAUAUUUGUGCUGUGGUUGGAAAUAGUGGGAUCCUGACAGGGAGCCGGUGUGGACAAGAAAUAGAUAAGUCAGAUUUUGUUUUCCGUUGCAAUUUUGCCCCUACGGAGGCUUUCCAAAGAGAUGUUGGAAGGAAAACCAACCUUACCACCUUCAACCCCAGCAUUCUGGAAAAAUAUUACAACAACCUUUUGACCAUUCAGGACCGUAACAACUUUUUCCUGAGUUUAAAAAAGCUCGAUGGGGCCAUUCUUUGGAUCCCUGCAUUUUUCUUCCACACUUCAGCAACUGUUACCAGGACAUUAGUUGACUUUUUUGUUGAACACAGAGGUCAGUUAAAGGUCCAAUUGGCUUGGCCUGGAAAUAUAAUGCAACAUGUCAACAGGUACUGGAAAAACAAACAUUUGUCACCCAAACGGCUGAGCACAGGUAUUCUCAUGUACACCCUUGCGUCAGCGAUGUGUGAAGAGAUCCACUUGUAUGGAUUUUGGCCUUUUGGAUUUGACCCCAACACAAGGGAAGAUCUUCCAUACCAUUAUUAUGACAAAAAAGGGACCAAAUUUACCACCAAGUGGCAGGAGUCACACCAGCUGCCUGCCGAGUUUCAGCUGCUGUACCGAAUGCAUGGGGAAGGGCUCACCAAGCUGACUCUGUCACACUGUGCCUAAGACUCUGAACAGAAAGUGCCAAAUGGCCAUUUGAAAAGUGCCCCAAAUCAAACGGAAUAGUCUUCAGAAUAGAACCCUAGAGAAUUCCUUAUAAAGACUGUCUGCCGCUUAAAAGGAAAGAUCUCUUCUCUCCCUCUCUUUGCACCUGCUCUCUUAAGAGUCUUGGCAAGACAAACGAAUUGAAGCCACAUGAUGUAAACUUGAUUGAUAAAGGGAAUGUCGCAUUGGGAACCAUGCUGCUAACGAAAUGGUCGGAAGUAUUUUAGUGUUUGUAUUUUGAUAAUAAACUGCCUCCCAUUUUUUUAUGAGGACGGGAGCUGUCAUUGCUGCAGCUUUGAGAUACAGUCCUCAUCGUCACAGGCCUCUGGCCAAUUUGGGCAGGAUUUCAGUUUUGCCUGGGUGGGAUCAGACUCUUCAAAAUGGAAACAAAAAAACCAUUUGCGUAUCUCAUCUCUCACUCUCUCUAUUUCUCGCUGUUGUUCUCAAUCUCUCCCCUACAAUCCCUCGCCCCACCACUGUGGAGUUUAAUAAUUUGCUAGGAAUCAUAUUAAAUUAGCUUUGCUUGUAUGUGUUGCAUCUGUACUUGCUUGAUGUGUUCAAGGCUCUGGGUAACUUUGCUGUUUCGUGACAAGCUGACCAAAUGAUGAUGGAUCCCCUUAUGACUACUUUUAUAAGAAAUGCCUCUUACAAAGUUCUCACUAGUCCAUGCCGUCAUUCGACAGCAGAGUGGUCCCUCUGUGCUGAGUGGCAUCUUUCACUAUCACAAAGAAAAUGAAUGUCAUGGGUGACACUGCAUCUCUUGACACGAAUGCUAUUGUGGCAGAUCAUUCUAUCGCCACAUCUGUGAGGGCAUGCCAGCCUGAGUUUAGUGCGUCCCACAAUCCCAACCCAAGAGCUGGGUUGGGCAUUCUCUCAGAAUAUAGAGGCAAUGAGUCAGCUUAAGAUUCUGGGACACAGCGAAAAAAAGGAAGAAAAAUACUUAGAAGUUGUUAUGGAAUCCCCAUAUACCCUAGAGCGUUGUAACCAUGGUGCCCAUUCAGAGACACCUGGUCUUUGAAAGCCAGCAGAGUUGCAGCAAAGUAGGAGACUGGAGGUUGAUCAGGACAGGCCCCCGUGAGAAUAGUGCUGAGGUGAGGUCAUCUUCAGUGUCACUGUGUCCACCAGCACCGCUCAGAACCAUUUGUUCUCUUCAAGAUAACUGUAGACACUGGAUAGUCCCUUUUCCCACUGAAAUCAGAUCUGUAUAUCUAAAAAUUAAGAAUUUCAUAAGGAAAAGCCAUUGGGUAAUGGCAAGAUUUGAUACAAAAUAACCCUUGGAAUUUAAGCUGUGUAGAUCUGCCAUGAAGGGAUUAGUUGGCCGUUCUGUCUUUUUUUAUUAUUAUUAUUUCAGCCUUAGAAGUAGAAAUCACAUCACUCCCACCCCGGGCUUUUCACUGAGCAGCACUUUGUUCUUCCAAUUCGGCCCAAAGUCUGGCCAAGUUGAUGUUAAAUUUUAAUAAGAGUUUCUUUCUUCUUUCCAAAUGCCAGUCAAGCACAUUUGUAAUACAUUUGGGUGGGGUAGCUUGUUCUUUUCCAGAAGUCUCAUCCUAGACUGCUUGUAAUGUUACAAAUGCCGUUUAGAAUAACUGCCGUAGCUCAGUGAUCGGCUCACUGUCCCUCUUUGGGAAGGUAUAAUCAGGCCCCCCAUUAAACCGCAUACAAUAAGAAAAGACGUUGUUUCUUAUGCUCAUGUGCCUCCUGGUCCUAAAGGGGAGAUGUCUGGUUCUAAUUGUUUUCAGAAAGCUAAUCAGAGCAGCUUACAUAUAUCCAGAUACUAACUGGUGAAAGAGAAACCAUACAGGCUUGGAGUUGCUGCUAACUGUGGCACAUCUUACAAUGUUGUACAAAUGGCAAUCAUCCAAAGAGAUGGGAAGAAACAGGAAUAGAUGUUUCAAAAUGGGAAACACUGACACAGCUCAAUACUUGAAAGACAUUAGAGGAGGAGGUAGUAAAAAAAAAAAAAAAAAAAAAAAAAAAAAAAAAACAUGUUUUAAAUUCAGUGGUAUAACCUGGUGGGCAUCAACACCACCCCAUGCUUGUUCCCUGUCACUUUCAAGAGGACAGUGCCACAGCGCUCAUGCCGUGCUCUGCGAGGAUCACUGCGAGAUUGACAACUGACAGGAGUGUCUAGUUGGCUCUUCCUAAGCACUUAGUUCAUCUGGUUGCGGCUGAGUGAUAUUAAUGCCAAUAUUACAUGGGCCAGAUCCUGACUCUGGAGUUUUAAUCCCAAUGUGCCCAUUAGAUUUCACUAAAUAUAAAUACGUAGACAUGUUGAACCAGGGAGGUUAAAAGAGCAAAAGACCAGAAUCCCUAAAACUGGUUAAUUGUUCUAUGGUGGACCUUUUAAAGUAGACCUGAUCAUAAUGCUGUUUUAGGAGUGGGGGCUGUUUUGUCGUUUCAAGUUGAGGAAGACGUUUUACAUCUCACACCACUCUCGGCUUCGUCUUAACCUCAGGGUGAAAGGACUUUACCAUCCCCCAGUAUCGUCUCAUCUGUUGCUUUCACAAGAACUCAAAACGGGCUUCUUUCCUAGAAUCAGAGGGCUCAGCAGCCAGGCCUAUCCCAUUUCCGGGCAGAACUUCCUGGAACUGAUCCAAAAGGACCACCAUCCUUCCCUUUUCUGAAGAAAAUCUUAAGCCCUGCCAUAGGGUGAACCACAAUUCUCAUAGCUUAUAAAUUCUUUCUGUACAGCCUAUAUGCCUCCUAUUGGAAAACUUGGAUACAAAAUUUGGGUAAAGCGUCUAUCCCAGUUUUCAGCAGGUAGUAAACACUCACUAAAUGGCAGCUUUUACUGUUACUUCUAUUGUUAGUUGUGCCCUUGACUUACAGUUGCAGCACAGAGAAACGCAGCCUCUAGCUGAUCACACACGAUCUCUUUUUGUUUUUGAGGACUGUUUCAAAGGUCAAACCUACGUAACCACUGCCGCGACCAAAAGACUUGGUGGGUCCCCUGAGUCCUGAUUAGAAAGGCAGUGGUGUAAGUAACCAGAACUCCCUGGCCUGUGUGGUCAAGAGCAGUGAAAUGGGCAGACAGGACUAUUGAGUUCCCCCUCCUGAUUCAACUCAGAUACAAAUCCCUGGCUUUUGCACUGCCCUUGCUUUGCUGGUUCUAGGUUAAGUGCAUCCUUUUAUCAGAACCUUUCAUCUUUUAGGAUACUCACAGCAGAAUCCACCCUCAGCCAUUGGAAUGAAUUUUACCAUAAAGCCCUCAAGGCUGUCUACACAUGAUACCAACACAAAUGACCAAUUCAGUCGCAGAGGGGAAAAAAAAACCCACAAACAUUUAGUGACCUGCUUAAUGCCAGUCCCUCAGUUUUGCAUUGGCUGUUCUGAGAGUCAUGUGCAGGGAUUGUAAACCAGGGGAUUCAGGACUAAAAUGUGGUACCAAGAAUUCCUCCCACACCCAGAAAUCUUUCCCAUAUUUGAUGAUUAAAACAUUUAUGGCUCCUCUGCCUUUGCUUCUGGGUCUCAAGUGUCCUUGACCAUUAUAAAAGUGCUGUGUGUUUAGUAGUGUUGUGUGCCUAGCAGUGCUGUGACUGCUGUACCAUGGUGUCAGGUGACCUUGGUGUCAGGCAUGUGACCAUGAGGCUGCCAGCCAGGAUAUGCAAGGUGAGAGGUCCCUCCAGCCUCCUUGUGUCUGGAUCUCCAAUUAUCCACGAAUAUGAGCGCCAUGACUAACCGAACUUGGUAGGACGCUAAGGAAUGGAAGAGCAUUUCUUCUGACUUUGGGCUAAGCAGUAAUUUUUGGACACUCUCAAACAGCAAAGAAGGGUGGCCUGAGGCCAGAGGAAGCAGGGACAGAACUGUAGAAACAUGGGAUAUUUGAAAUGGAAGAAACUUUCAGUUUCUCUAGUCCUAAUCCUUGAUGUUACAAAUGAGAAAUGGAGAAGCAGAGAGGCUAAGUGGUUUCCCAAGAUUGCAAGGAUAAUGAGUAGAAAAAGUAUGACUCCUCAUCUCCUCCUUAUCAGCAUCUAAUGAAGAUGGGCACAAAAAGAAAGUGAUUUUGGUCUGGAGUCCUCAUGGCACAGAAAACAAGUAGUCUGUAAAGGAAGAAAAUGUAUCCCUCUCCCACAAAAAGUAUUUAUUUGUCAAUACAAAACAAUAAGGGAGAUGGUUGCCUAGGCAUACAACAGUCCACGGGUAAUAUCCUACAUUCUCCUUCCCCUAAAAUGAGAGAAAACCAACUUGGUAAGUCAUGAUUCUGGUAAAUCACAAUUUAGUUACUGAUAGUUCACAGUUGAUAGCUGGAAUUCUAUCCAAGACUCUAUUCACUUAUAAAACCUUGUUUUCGAAAUAUGUAUGCACAAUUUAAAAGCUGAAUACUGAGAAUAGUUAUGUACUUCUUUUUAAAAAUCUUUAUCAAUUUAUUUAACCUAAAAAAAAAAAAUGGUUCACUCAUUGUAUUUCUCCAUAUAUAUAGUUUUCAGCUGGGGCCUGUUGAGAUAAGGAAUACCUUCUGUCAAUUCAUUCCACAUCGUAAGUAAUUUCAAGAGCAGACUUUACAUUAUUGCAUUUAGUUCAAUAUGCUAAGAAGAUGUGUAAAUAAUAGUGAAUAAUUUGGGCCGCGUCUUCAUGUGCAAAAUGACAGACCAGUUUUCUAUAUAAAUCUGCAUCUCUAAAUUGUUUUCCUCUAAUGGUUUAAAUGUACCAAGCAAAAGUGUCUGUGUAGCCUCUGCUUCCCCCUGAAUACACAGAACUGUCCUUUUGCUUACAAAGAGAGUUGGGGCUGUGUAUGUGGCUGAAAAACCCAGAUGGAACGUGGCAAGUGCCAGAGACUUAGGUGGCCCUGGGCCACCUGACUGAUGUGACUGGGCUCUGUGGCCCAAUUAAUCAAGGCCACAGUUGAAUUGAUGACAAGGACCAAAAUGACUAAAUAUUGCUUUGCCACAUAAAUAUAACGUUUGAAAUGGGAAAACUUUUAGAACGCCAUUAUUGUGUUAGAGAGUAUUUCUGAACAUCUGUUUUUACUGUGAUUAUUAUUAUUGAAGAUACGUGUGCGAAUGGACGUUUUAUCCUCAAUGAAGCCCGUUCUCAUGCUGUUAAUUACAGCGGAACCAUAGGGAAGAGCCUGUCGCAGAAAAGCUGACUCCAAUCUAAGAUGACGAUGGGGUGAUGGGGUUAGGACCUGGAUUAUGCUGCUGAUCCACCAGCAAACAAAGCUGGAUGAUGUGAGGAGCUCUUUAAAACAC